AAGGGUUGUUUUCGUAAUAUUAGCACAAAUUCUUGAAACAUAUAUAUAUAUAUAUAAAUAUACAUACCAGCUGGCGGCAGCUAGCACAGUAAGCCACAAUUGCCACAUGAAAAGGUGAUCAGGUCACUGAGUGACAAGCUCCCCUCCCCUCUGAUCCAGUUUCUGACCCUUUGAGUGAAGACUUUGUCGUCUUCUCCUUUGAAAAUCUCCCAUCAUCACAACGCCCCAAAAGAUCUGCAUGCCUCUACUUUUAAUCUAUGCUCUGCUAUAUAUAAAUGAAUAGAAUUGACCCACAAUCCAAAAUCCCCCGAUUAUCAUUAAUUUUUUCCCUAAUUCGUUAUAUAAUCACUCUAUCCAUUUCCCUUUAAUCUUUGACGCAUUAAUUGAUUGUGAGAUCGCGCUCAGUACUCGCCCACAGUCGAUCCGUCGCAGUGUAAUUCCAUGGCAGGUUCCGAGAGAGAUCACUCCCGCUGCUGCUUCACGGAGUGGCUCAACACCCAAGAAUCCGACCUCUCCGAUCUCCUCCGAGCUCAAGCUCAAACCCCACGCGCCGGCACAAUCUCCCCCGCCGACAGACACUCCCUCGCCCAACUCGCCCAGAACAUCAUCGACCACUUCCAAGACUACAUCAACAAGCGAUCUCACUUCGCUCGCCGCGACGCCACUGCCUUCUUCGCCCCCGCCUGGUGCUCCCCCCUCGAGAACUCCCUCCUCUGGAUUGCCGGCUGCCGCCCCUGCCUCUACAUCCGCCUCGUCUACGCCCUCUGCGGCUCCGAGUUCGAGUCCCAACUCGACGAGUUCCUCCAGGGGACUCGGACUGGCAACCUUGGGGAGCUAUCCUGGAACCAGUUCUCCCAGGUGAACGAUCUGCAGAUGAAGACCAUCAGGGAGGAGGACCGGCUGUCGGUCCAGAUGGCCGGCCUGCAGGACGAGGUCGCGGACCAGCCGCUGGCAGUUCUGGCCAACAAGGCGGUCCGAGUGGGCGAACCGAACCGGGAGGUGGAACGGGCACUCGACGAACACGCCCGGGGCAUGGCUCGUAUUCUAGAGGAGGCUGACGAACUGCGGCUGAGGACGCUGAAAGAGCUUAUUAGUUUCCUGACGCCGCUGCAGGCGGUGGAGUUUCUGUUGGCGGCUAAAAAGCUCCAUCUCUCCGUGCGGGAGUGGGGUAAAUCGAGAGAUCAUCUCCAUGGCAGGAGCUCCGAUCCACCAGUUAGCUAAAUAUAUAUAUAUAUAUAUAUAUAUAUAUAUAUAUAUAUUUAUAUUAAUGUGUCAAUGUAAGUUUGAAGGGACUACUCUGUUUGAUCGAGUUGGACAAUCAAAUUUCAUCCAUCGUGUAAAAUGUUAAUAUAAGUAUUUGACGUAGU